AUGGCUCGCCAACUUCACUCGACACCGGCAAGUUCGGCACCGGUUGACGCGUCUCAAGCCGGCCUGGCUGUCGUCACGCUUCUUCUCUGCGGUUUUGCAUUGAUCAAGUGUGCUUCCCACACGCGUAAACUUCGGCGACAGUGGCGAGCUUGCUAUGAGUUUUUCGAGGAGGAUGAUUUCGAUCCCGUAAUCGAAAUACAACAUGAAGUUACGAGCGCUGAAGCUACGGACGUGGUGGCGGACAGCAGCAUGUUCAGCCGUGAACAGCCGGUGUGGCAGAAAAACAUUCUGAUGGGGGAGAAGUGCGAGUUGCCUGAUUUUUCAGGGGUCAUAAUAUAUGAUUCUCAAGGUAAUAUUGUUACCCCUUCCAAAACUCCUCCUCUGCUCACUUGGAAGUAG